CAACUAUCUUGUAUCCUAACCUAAUAAGAAAUCUAUGGUAAUAAAUAGUUGUGCGUGUAAGAAUUUAUAGUGUAGUAAUUAUUAAAAUAUUAAAUUAAAUUAUUUGAUACUUAAUUAGUCAGUACUGCAAAUAUUCUGUUACAAUGACAGACGGGUCUAGAGUUCUUGAAUACAAAGUUGCAAUGACCUGUGAAGGAUGUUCUAAUCAAGUUAGUCGUGUACUGACGAAAGCCAAAGACAAUGGGGUCGAAAAUUUUGAAAUAGACUUGGAAAACCAGAAGGUAACAGUCACUUCUACACUACCACCAGAGGAAGUAUUGGAUAUUCUUAAAAAAACUGGAAAAACCGUGGAGUUUAUAGGUAUAGCUAAUAACUAACUUAUUUUUUAUGAAAUAAUAAUUUUAUUAUAAAACAAAUAAUUAUGAAGUACAUAGUUGGUAUACAAAAUGCUGCAGUACUACAUAUUUAUUUUGUUGAGAGUAUGUCCAACAGCAGCUAUUAUAACAUUUAUUCCAUUUUAUACUUAUUAGAAAGGUUUUACACAAUAUGUUAAUAAUAAGUGAUUUUAAUCAAUCAAAAUAUAAAAACUUUUAUCUUAACUUUUAUUGGAAAGGACUUUUCGUAUUAGUUAUAUAACAAAAUUUAAUCGUUUUAUUGUAAUUUACUGAUUCGAAAAUGUUUUAAAUAGCAGCAACUUUUUGUAUAGUUUUAUUGCGUCCAAUUAGUGGUUGAUACAGCCCAUUAAUCUAAAAAUGUAUGA